AUGUCUUCCACAAGAACAUUCAGCCUGGCACGGGUGCUUACGCGCACACGCACACAACCCUCUAUAAAGGCAAUUCGAGCAUCGCAACUAUCGAUCAGAAGUAAGCUUCAUACCACAGGUGUACUACAAAAUCAAGCUGCUUACGAAGAAGCUUUAGCAAAGUCCGAUAAUAAGCGAGGAAAAUCCCGAAAACCACCAAAUAAGGUCGAAGCGACAGAAAACACCACAAAGAAUGUAGAAAGUGUUGAAAAUGAGACGCUUGCAAACGCAUGA